AUGAGACUUAUCAACACUGACACGUUGUCUUUCGAGGAAUUUUAUGGCAAUCUUCCCAAAUAUGCAAUCCUGUCACAUACUUGGGGCUCAGAAGAGGUCACCUUCCAAGACUGGGCUGACUCGAGCUCCAUAAAGCAUAGGUCAGGGUAUACGAAAAUCGUUGAAGCUUGCAAACAAGCGAAAAGCGAUGGAUAUUUGUACGCUUGGGUGGACACCAAUUGCAUCGAUAAGACAAGCUCAGCUGAGCUCACAGAGGCUAUCAAUUCCAUGUUUGCGUGGUACAACCAGGCCGGUAUUUGCUACGCCUACCUUUCAGAUGUGCCGACUUUCAAACCGAUCUCGUUCGCCGAAGGAUUCUGUCGCAGUCGCUGGUUCAAGAGAGGAUGGACACUGCAAGAACUCCUCGCCCCUGAAGAAGUUGUGUUUUACGCUGCCGACUGGUCGCGCAUCGGAACCAAGGCAACUCUCGUACGCGAAAUCGCCGAAGCUACUGGCAUAGAUAUCAAGUAUCUCUGCCCAGAAAAGAGAACUGCAGCUGCCACGAAAGAUGAUUGGACUAAGAACCUCGACAUUACCUGCCAUGAGGCCUCUGUUGCUGAGAGAAUGUCGUGGUUGGCGCGUCGCGAAACAACAAGGAUCGAAGAUAUGGCCUACUGUAUGUUGGGGAUAUUUGGAAUCUCUAUGCCCCUUCUCUAUGGUGAAGGACAGGGGGCGUUCUUACGACUCCAAGAGGAGAUUAUCAAGGCAUCAGAUGACCACUCCCUCUUCUGCUGGUCAUGGACUAUGGAUGAGGACCAGACGAGCUUGCUAUCCCCACGACCCCAUAGCUUCCUCGAAGCUGCGCAUUAUCAGCGUCGAAGGUCAAACGCACAACCAUCACCGUACUCUAUGACUAAUGCCGGUCUCUCGAUUCGUCUUCCUGUAAUAAGAUGCUGGUCUUCUCACAUCGUCAUCCUGAACGUUCAGAUCCCGGAUACCAACGAAUACGUCGGGAUCGCCAUAUCAGGAAACUUUUCCUCACGUGUCUUUUCGAGAUGCUCCUCCCCAGGUUCACCCAUCCCUCUUCAUAUCCCGAGGGGCUAUGAUCUACUAGAUGUGAAUGAUGAUCCGAAUCCAAGGGAUAUGUUUUUUCAAACACGACAAGCUGUCCCGAAGUCAAUAAAACAUCCUUCUCUCAGAGUCAGCAAUCACUACAAAGCUGGGGCAUUAUUAUCUUUUAGCCCACGAGCCAAUUUUCUCGCCAUCGAAACUUUUCCUCCCGAUCGCUUCUCUGAGAGCGACAGCAUACUAGGCAUAUGCCCAGCUGAUGAUACCGCUGAUUCAGACUGGGUCCGGGGUUGGACUCAACCAGAUACUGCCUUCGUUGGAGCCACCAUAGUCAGGUUCUCUCCCAAAUAUGGAUUUGGAGAAAUGGUUCUUUUCGCCAUAACGAGCGAAAAGGCUGGCUCUUAUCUUAUGCCCCAGUGGCACUGCUUUAACCUUGCACCCUUCUUUCCUCCGAAUCAUAUCGAUUCACUUGAUUUAGAAAAAGUUGCCUCUCAAUAUUCGAGAGUCUUAGAAGGACUUGUUCGGACUCCAGGACAUACUGAUGAUUCAAGUGAUGAUUCAAGUGAUGAUUCAAGUGAUGAUUCAAGUGAUGAUUCAAGUGAUGAUUCAAGUGAUGAUUCAAGUGAUGAUUCACGCGGGAUAUCAUGCGCUGUCUUCGCGAAGCUAAAGGGCGAAUUUGAUAACGAAGAAGCCAAGAUGAUUGGCCUGGUAGACGACAUCAUCGAAGUCUCGAACACAAACCCCCAAUUCCCCAUCAUCGCCGACGCCGAAUGCAAGGUAGCCUUCCUCUACAACAUGAUUGACAAAAAAGACCUGGACAACAUCGCAGAAAAGGGCAUUGCUUUCACAAUUCGCUGUGCUUUUGUCAUCGACCCGGUAAAGAAGAUCAGAUUGACGAUUAUGUACCCUGCAUCAACAGGACGAAACUCAGCUGAGGUUCAUCGAGUGAUUGAUUCACUUCAGAUGGGAGACAAAAAGGGCGUUGUUGCACCUGUUGAUUGGUUGGUUGGUGAUGAUGGCAUUGUUCCCUCUUCUGUCUCGACGGAGGACACGGGGCAGAAGUUUGGUGAUGUUAGAGAGGUAAAGCUCUACUUGAGAUUUACCAAGGUUUCGAUGUAG